UUAAGCAGCCAGUUGCAUGAUUAUCUCUCAGUGGCCAGUGGGAGGAGGUUCGUGUUAAAGUUCGAGCAUUUUCGUGAAUCUGGUCAGGCAAACCUGCAGAGCUGCAUUCGUAAAUGUCGCCCGACGCGUAUUUCUUGACAGAGACCCUUUUAGCCGAAGUAAAACGCUUGGUCACUUAAAGAGGAGUAAAUGCCACCUGACCCUUCCUGGACUGAAUUUAUGUUUAACCUGGGGCCAUGAGUGCUGUCAACAUUACCGAAGAAAUCCUGCACAGGCAGAUCAGGGACAAAAGAGCAUCAGGCUUCCAGAGGUCUUAUCAUGUGACUGAUCCCUUCAUCAAGAGACUUGGACUGGAGGCUGAGCUUCAGGGUCACACCGGCUGUGUGAACUGUCUGGAAUGGAACGAYAAAGGAGAUUUGCUAGCUUCAGGCUCAGACGACCAGCAUGCCAUCAUCUGGGAUCCAUUCAGACACAAAAAGCUCACGACUAUGCACACGGGCCACGCAGCCAAUAUAUUCUCUGUAAAGUUCCUCCCACACUCCGGGGACAGAAUCUUGGUGACGGGCGCAGCCGACACAAAGGUGCACGUCCACGACUUGACGGUGAAAGAAACCAUCCACAUGUUUUCUGAUCACACCAACCGAGUGAAGCGCAUCGCCACGGCCCCCAUGUGGCCCAACACCUUCUGGAGUGCAGCGGAGGACGGCAUCAUCCGACAGUACGACCUGCGAGAGAACAGCAAACACUCCGAGGUUCUGAUCGACCUGACGGAGUUCUGUGGCCAGCUGGCCGAGGCCAAGUGUCUGGCAGUCAACCCUCGGGAUAACAACUACCUGGCGGUGGGAGCCAACGGGCCGUUUGUUCGCCUCUACGACAUCAGGAUGAUCCACAACUACAGGAAAUCUGUGAGUCAGAGCACAUCGGCAGCUGUGCACACGUUCUGCGAAAGGCAGAAGCCAAUCCCAGAUGGUGCCGGGCAGUACUAUGUAGCAGGGCACCUGCCUGUGAAACUCAGAGACUACAACAACCGGCUGAGGGUCCUGGUGGCCACUUACGUUACCUUCAGCCCGGACGGCACCGAGCUGCUCGUCAACAUGGGUGGAGAACAGGUGUAUCUGUUUGAUCUAACCUUUAAGCAGAGGCCGUAUACCUUCUUCCUUCCAAAAAAAUGCCAGCCAGCAGCAGGAGAAGUGCAGAAUGGAAAAACAACAAACGGCGUCUCUAAUGGGAUUCAUCUGCCUGCCAGCCAUAUUCGCCUCGCUGGAAGUAAAAUACACUCUAGUUCUCUCGAGCUUCCCCCUCACUUGGAGAAAGUGAAGCAACAAGCUAACGACGCGUUUGCUCGCCAGCAGUGGACACAAGCCAUCCAGCUGUACAGUUUAGGCAUUCACGAGGCCAGCGGCAGCGCCAUGCUGUACGGGAACCGCGCUGCGGCCUACAUGAAACGCAAGUGGGAUGGAGACCAUUACGAUGCCCUGAGGGACUGUGUGAAGGCGCUCACGCUGAACCCGGCCCACCUGAAAGCCCAUUUCAGGCUGGCGCGGUGUCUGUUCGAGCUGAAGUAUGUGACGGAGGCUCUCGACUGUCUGGACGAUUUCAAAGGGAAGUUUCCAGAACAAGCUCACAGCAGUGCCUGCGACGCCUUAGAUAAAGACAUCAAGGCUGCUCUUUUCACCAAAUCAGAAUCAGCAGAGGACAAGAAAGGCAACAGCUCCGUCCGGUUCCACUCGUUCAGUCGAAAAGAGUCGAUUCCCGAGGAUGAGGUCGUGUUGAGGGAGCGCAGUUUCGAUUACAAGCACAGAUACUGCGGCCACUGCAACACCACCACCGACAUCAAAGAGGCCAACUUCUUCGGCAGCAAAGGCCAAUACAUUGUGAGUGGCUCAGAUGACGGCUCUUUCUUCAUCUGGGAAAAGGAGACGACUAAUCUGGUGAGGAUCCUGCAGGGGGAUGAGUCAAUAGUGAACUGUCUACAGCCCCAUCCCAGUUACUGUUUUCUGGCUACCAGUGGCAUUGACCCUGUGGUUCGAUUAUGGAACCCCAGACCAGAGACGGACAAUGAGAACGGCCGRGUGGUGGAGGACAUGGACGGAGCUGCUCAGGCGAAUCAGCGGCGUAUGAACGCCGACCCGCUGGAGGUGAUGCUGCUGAACAUGGGCUACCGCAUCACAGGACUGCGCGGCGUCGGUCCGGACGGCUCGGACGACGAAGACAGCUCGGAGGGACAAGUGCAGUGCCGGCCGAGCUAAACGGACCGCCGCCCGUUCUGCAGAGCGGAUUUAGGAAGCGACGCACACUCUCUCUCCCACCCCCGCUCCUCGUUCGACCACCCCCCACCGCCUCCYCCACCCUUCAUCCCCGCUCUGACGGAGUGCCGAGCGAGCGCCGUGUCACAUCGCCGCACUUUGCAUCGCCCUCCUGUGACACCAAAUCUGUGGGAGAYGAGUUUGUGGAGGGUUAUCACCCUUUUCAGAACGCCAACAACACCUCAGCCUGAUCCUGGGAGCUGUGGGGCAGGUGGAAUACUUUAGAGGAGAGCACCURCGCCACUCCCCAGGUUCUCACUAAAAACAGAGUCCAGCGCUUAAACCYCUUUGGGUUUUUGUUGGAUAGUCAAGUGACCUGUUUUGAGGUCCGCAUGGCCACAGAUUUCUUCACGUAGGACGAGAUCACGAGCAGUAAACGGUGCUUUGUUGCAUCUUACCCAUUCGUAUCGACGGAGCAAAAGCGCCCGCUCGUCAAAAGGCUGCAAGUUACCUGAGUUAGACUGAGUUUGUCACAGAAACCUAAGAACUGAUGGUAGCAACUCGUGAAGAUCGUUGCUCUGUUGAAAUGUAUUUAUAAGCUUUGUUUAAUUUAAAAACAAACAAAAAAAGAAGGCGGGUUUCUGCUGCCAAAGGUUGCCAUCUGUUAUACAGCCAAGGAGUAAUGUGUGGUUUCUAUGUUCCUGUCACACGUAGUUUUAAUAUUUUUUAGUUUGAGCUUAAACUACUAAAUAAGUUGUUUACAAGAGUCAAGAUACGGMAGAGGAAGUGUUUGUAACAAAAAUAACGUAAUAAAUUGUUUGUCCUGCCACUUCUUUUUUUUUUGUCCCAAUUAUUUGAACUCAUGCUUUUUGGCGAUGAAAUAGUAAACUUUAGUUGAGUAGAAGUGGGACACAGAUGCUAAUUUGUGUAAUAUAAUAACCGGGGAUGGGGCAAAUCAUUUUAAGGCGGCAAGGUUCCCCCGGCUGCAUGGCUGCGACAUUAGUCCACUGCUUCGAUAAGGUUGCAUGUGGCUGAAAGUGUCAGACGCUUGGAGAAGAGCUUGUUUUAGGUUUUUUUUAUCCUAAAUUCUAACAACUCUUCAUGAAUUGGAUCUCAGCCUCAUAAAUCACUUGGCUUCCAUGUGUUUAACUUUAAUUUAAAAUCCCCUGUUUCUCUAUCUCUGGGAUAUCUUGAUGCAAACAAGAACUAAUAAAAUGAUUGAACACAU